AUGUUGACCUUACUGAUUCUCAUUAGUGUAGGCCUAGCCUCUGCUCACCAUUCUGGUGAACACUUUGAGGGGGAGAAGGUGUUCCGAGUAAGCAUCCAGGAUGAGAAGCAGGUCCACCUGAUGCAUGUUUUGGCCAACCAAGUAGAGGUCGAUUUCUGGAAACCAGAUUCAGUCUCGCAAAUCAGACCAGAAAGCAAGACUGACUUCCGUGUUAAAGCUCACCAAGUUGACGAAGUUGAACAUUUCCUGGAGGAGAAGGGACUAACUCAUGAGGUUUUAAUUCAUGACCUGAACAAAUUGGUUACAAAUCAGUUUGACAGCCUCAUUCGUAGCAGUGGACACAGUUACGAAAAGUACAACAGCUGGGAAAAGAUCGAGGCUUGGACUGGACAAAUUGCGGCAGAGAAUCCAAAACUUGUCUCUCGAAGUGUGAUUGGAACCACAUUUGAAGGGCGCUCUCUGUACCUUCUGAAGGUUGGAAAAGCAGGAUCAAACAAGCCUGCCAUCUUUAUAGACUGCGGUUUCCAUGCUAGAGAAUGGAUUUCCCCUGCAUUUUGCCAGUGGUUUGUGAGAGAGGCUGUUCGUACCUAUGGAACUGAGAUCCAGAUAACUAAUAUUCUUGAUAAAUUGGACUUUUAUGUCCUACCUGUUUUCAACAUUGAUGGCUAUGUCUACUCAUGGACCAAGAGUCGAAUGUGGAGGAAGACCCGGUCCACCAUUUCAGGCACCAGUUGUGUUGGUACUGAUCCCAACAGAAAUUUUGAUGCUGGAUGGUGUGAAAUUGGGGCCUCUAGCAGCCCCUGUGCAGAAACAUACUGUGGACCUACUGUCGAGUCUGAAAAAGAAACCAAAGCCCUGGUGAACUUCAUCCGCAAAAACCUUAAUUCUAUCAAGGCCUAUGUGACAAUUCACUCCUAUUCUCAGCUGUUGCUGUUCCCUUACUCCAAAAAUUAUGCUCUCACAAAGGACCAUGUUGAGUUGAACAACCUGGCAAAGGCGAUGGUCAAAGAACUGGAGGCAUUGUACAACACAAAGUAUACCUACGGUCCUGGAGCCACGACCAUCUAUCCUGCAGCUGGAGGCUCUGAUGACUGGGCCUAUGACCAGGGUAUCAAAUACUCUUUCACCUUUGAACUCCGGGACACAGGAAGAUAUGGCUUCCUGCUCCCUGAAUCUCAGAUUAGACCAACCUGUGAAGAGACCGUGCUGGCCAUCAAGUAUCUCUCCAAUUAUGUCCUGGAACAUCUGUACUAA